CGAUUCUCUCCUUGCCAUCCUGCGAAAAGGACACUCGCACAUUUGCUUUGCUUGGCUGUUGGACUUGCCCUCUCUCUCUCUCUCUUCCGUUUAAAGCGAUUUCGUAUCGAUGCUCUUCUUCCUUUUUGGGUUCUUCUUCUUCUCCUGUUUCUCUCUCUACCUCUGCGCUUCUCUCUCUCUUGCUCUGUUUACUUGGUGCCUGUAACUGCAAUGGCGGUGGCGGACAUCAGUCACCCUCCUAUGGACCAGCUCCACGACCUCGAUUACUGCAUCGACUCUAACCCCCCAUGGCCGGAAACAAUAAUUUUGGCCUUCCAAAAUUACAUCGUGAUGUUGGGCACAAGUGUCAUUAUCCCUACGAUGCUUGUGCCAUUGAUGGGUGGAACCUAUGAGGACAAAGCCCGGGUCAUACAAACUUUGUUAUUUGUGGCUGGAAUCAACACACUUCUUCAAGCAUUGUUUGGAACUCGGUUGCCAGCAGUGGUCGGUGGUUCCUACGCUUUUGUUAUACCAAUCCUCUACAUAAUAGGCGACUCGUCUUUUCAGAGAAUUCCCGAUAAUCAUGAGAGAUUCAUUCAAACCAUGCGAGCAAUUCAAGGAGCAUUGAUUGUAGCCUCGAGCUUGCAGAUCAUUAUAGGUUAUAGCCAGCUUUGGGGCAUCUUUUCACGGUUUUUCAGCCCCCUGGGAAUGGUACCUGUGGUUACAUUGGUGGGUUUGGGGUUGUUUGAGCAAGGAUUCCCUGCGGUGGGAAAAUGUGUGGAGAUUGGCUUACCAAUGCUUCUAUUGGUCGUUGCUUUUUCACAAUACUUGAAGCAUGUAAAGGAAGUUAGAAAUGUGCCAGUGUUCGAGCGCUUCUCAGUUAUUAUAUGUAUUACUAUCAUUUGGGCAUAUUCUCAUGUCUUAACUGCAGCUGGAGCCUACAGACAUAAGCCUCUGAAAACCCAAAUCCACUGUCGCACUGAUAGAUCUCACCUCAUAUACUCUGCCCCUUGGUUUAUGUUCCCAUAUCCGUUGCAGUGGGGUCCUCCGACAUUUGAUGCAGGCCAUACAUUUGCUAUGAUGGCUGCAGUUUUGGUGUCUCUAACGGAGUCUACAGGAGCUUAUAAAGCAGCAGCUCGUCUAGCGAUUGCCACUCCUCCUCCUGCUUAUGUUCUUAGUCGAGGAAUUGGGUGGCAGGGAAUAGGCAUACUGCUUGAUGGGCUAUUUGGAACAGGCACUGGUUCUACUGUAUCUGUAGAGAAUGUGGGACUUCUUGGGCUGACCCGGGUUGGGAGUCGCAGGGUUGUCCAACUUUCUGCCGCCUUCAUGAUUUUCUUCUCAAUCUUUGGGAAAUUUGGAGCUCUUUUCGCAUCCAUUCCCUUCCCCAUAUUUGCGGCACUCUACUGUAUCUUGUUCGGCCUUGUAGCAUCAGUUGGGCUCUCAUUCCUUCAGUUCACCAACAUGAAUUCUAUGAGGAACCUUUUCAUAACUGGGCUUUCCCUCUUCCUUGGAAUAUCAGUUCCCCAAUACUUCAACGAAUUCUGGGCUUCUGCCCGUCAUGGUCCUGCCCAUACGCAUGCAGGCUGGUUUAAUGCUUUCUUAAACACGAUCUUCUCGUCUCCACCAACAGUUGGAUUGAUAGUUGCUGUUACUCUCGACAACACUUUGGAAGUGGAGAAGUCAAAGAAAGACAGGGGUAUGCCAUGGUGGGUGAAGUUUAGAACUUUUAGAGGAGACAAUCGGAAUGAAGAAUUCUAUACAUUACCCUUCAAUCUCAACAGGUUCUUUCCACCCACAUGAGUCUUUGGCACUAAACAAAUCAGCCAAUGAUUAUGGGCUGCCUUUUUUGUAUUGUUAUUAGUGAUGGCAAGAUGGGUUCGGUAAGGGAGAGCUAAUUUAAUGUUUUUAGGAGAUUUCGGCGCAAGGCCUCAUCUCCUUGGGGACUGAAGAAACUCUUUUGAUAGCUAAGCCUCUGAAUUCAACACUGAUCAUUUUUUCCUUUGCAUCAUGUCGUUGAUGUUGUUGCUUGUGUUGCAAGUGUAAUCAAAUUUGUUGGCCUUCCAACAAUGUGUAAGAGAAACAUGAGCAGCAGCUGAAUGUAAUAUUCUAAGUUCUUGGUGUUGUAACAAAAUUUACAGAGCA